CAGAGACUGCGGACACAGUACAGGAGAUGACCAGAGACUGCGGACACAGUACAGGAGAUGACCAGAGACUGCGGACACAGUACAGGAGAUGACCAGAGACUGCGGACACAGUACAGGAGAUGACCAGAGACUGCGGACACAGUACAGGAGAUGACCAGAGACUGCGGACACAGUACAGGAGACCAGAGACUGCGGACACAGUACAGGAGAUGACCAGAGACUGCGGACACAGUACAGGAGAUGACCAGAGACUGCGGACACAGUACAGGAGAUGACCAGAGACUGCGGACACAGUACAGGAGAUGACCAGAGACUGCG